UUAUCUGACCGUCUCUCCCAAUGCCACCAUGCUGGCCUCAGGGUUGCUUCUGGUGGCUUUGCUCACCUGCCUGACCACAAUGGUCUUGAUGUCUGUCUGGAGGCAGAAGAAACUCUGGGGGAAGCUUCCUCCGGGACCCACCCCAUUGCCCUUCAUUGGAAACUACCUGCAGCUGAAUACACAGCAGAUGUACAACUCUCUCAUGAAGAUCAGCGAGCGAUAUGGCCCAGUCUUCACGGUCCACCUGGGGCCCCGGCGCAUCGUGGUGCUGUGUGGACACGAGGCGGUGAAGGAGGCUCUGGUGGACCAGGCUGAGGAGUUCAGCGGGCGAGGCGCACAGGCCACCUUCGACUAUCUCUUCAAAGGCUAUGGGGUGACGUUCAGCAACGGGGAGCGCGCCAAGCAGCUCCGGCGCUUCUCCAUCACCACGCUGCGGGACUUUGGAGUGGGCAAGCGUGGCAUUGAGGAGCGCAUCCAGGAGGAAGCGGGCUUCCUCAUCGAAGCCUUUCGGGGCACACAUGGUGAGCAGGCCUGGGAGUGAACAAGAAAGAGCGGUACACCCACAGGGACCCACGCUGUCUCCUCCGGGAAGGGGACUGGCUUGGGGGAGGGCAUCUGGGCUCCAGACUCUGAGUUCCUGUCACUGCUGCGUAUGAUGCUGGGAAGCUUCCAGUUCACAGCUACCUCUAUGGGGCAGCUCUGUGAAAUGUUCCAUUCAGUGAUGAAGCACCUGCCAGGGCCACAGCAACAGGCAUUUAAGGAGCUGCAGGGUCUGGAGGACUUCAUAGCCAAAAAGGUGGAGCAAAACCAACGCACCCUGGACCCCAACUCCCCGAGGGACUUCAUCGACUCCUUCCUCAUUCGCAUGCAGGAGGAGCAGAACAACCCCAACACGGAGUUCUACAUGAAGAACCUGGUGCUGACCACACUGAACCUCUUCUUUGCGGGCACUGAGACGGUCAGCACAACCCUGCGGUACGGCUUCCUGCUGCUCAUGAAGCACCCAGAGGUGGAGGCCAAGGUCCAUGAGGAGAUUGACCGGGUGAUUGGCAAGAACCGUCAGCCCAAGUUUGAGGACCGGGCCAAGAUGCCCUACACAGAGGCGGUGAUCCAUGAGAUCCAAAGAUUUGGAGACAUGAUCCCCAUGGGCCUGGCCCGCAGAGUCACCAAGGACACCAAGUUUCGAGAGUUCCUCCUCCCCAAGGGCACUGAAGUGUUCCCUAUGCUGGGCUCCGUGCUGAGAGACCCCAAGUUCUUCUCCAACCCCCGAGACUUCCACCCCCAGCACUUCCUGGAUGAGAAUGGGCAGUUUAAGAAGAGUGAUGCUUUUGUGCCCUUCUCCAUUGGAAAGCGGUACUGUUUUGGAGAAGGCCUGGCUAGAAUGGAGCUCUUUCUCUUCCUCACCACCAUCUUGCAGAACUUCCGCUUCAAGUCCCCGCAGCUGCCCCAAGACAUCGACGUGUCCCCCAAGCUCGUGGGGUUUGCUACCAUCCCACGAAAUUACACCAUGAGCUUCCAGCCCCGCUGAACAAGGGCUGUGGGAGCGCAGGGCCAAGGGGAAGAACAAGGUGGAGGGAGGAAUCAGGGGUGGGGCUACUGAAUCGGGUGGGGUUAAGGGAAGGGCGGGGCUAGUAGGGGGAGGUGACUUAGGGGGAAUGAAGGCACAAGGUGAAUAGGAGAGGAAGAGGAAAGGAAAGGCCUUUUGUCUGUUGACUUUGCUGCAGAUAGAUCCUUAAGAGGUGGGGUAAGAGGGAGAACCUUACACUCUACUGUUAAUAAUAAUAAUAAUAAUAAUAAUAACGUUUAAUUAUUUAUUGUA